AUGUUUGCGAACCAGUUGCGGAAGUCGUGGCGAAAUGCAACCUGCGUGAAGUGGGAAGUGGCUUCUGCGCACCCACCAGCCGCCAAGGCCCUUGCGUCCCGUUGGCCCCAAGCGUCGGCCGUUACCUCACCCGGCAAGUGCACAACCCGCCCUCACGCCCCGUGGACAGCUCCACUGGUGUCAAGCAUGGCGCUAGCCGUGGUGGCAGUCCUGCUCGCCUUCGUCCAGGCAGCCCUCGCAUCCCGCAAUGUGCUGCAAGCCUGCAAUGCGACUGCCUACGAGCCAGUUUGCGGAGCCGAUGGGGUGACUUAUAAUACGACUUGCGCGGCUGGCGACGCCGGCGUUGAGUGGGACUGCAUUGGAGAGUGCGCUUGCCCAGUGCCCUCCCUCCACAAGGACUCAACAGCGACCUUUUGCCAGACGAGUUCCUCCGCCAGCUUUUCGCUCAUCGGGUCGGGGUCGGCGUCGGCAAAGUCCAAUUCCUUCUGCGAGGCCGAAGCAGACGCUAGCAAUGCCAUAUUGGAGAUUGUGUUCAAGUACCUGGACACCGUCGUGGAGACUCCCGAGGAAGGGUGCAAGGUCAAUUCCGCAAGCGAAGUCGCCAUGGCCACCGUGGAUGCCGUUGCCAAGGUUGUCAGCGCCGUCAAGGUGGAGGUCGACCUAGAAGGGAGUGGGAACGCUUGCGCCGGGGGCUUUGCGAACGGAGACGCAGUCGCGACCGCUUUGGUUGACAUAACCAUUCGUGUCUAUCUGGAGCUCCUCGAGGAAAAAAUUCCCGAGGCCGUGGAGGACGCCUCCAAGCAAUUUAGCAGCACCGAUGGCCAAGCCGUUGGCCGUGCUGUGGCAGCCGUGUGGUCCAGCGCAUGGGCGAAGGCGACCCAGGACGUGUGUACAACUGGAGGCUUCAAAUCCGGCAGCGACGAGUCCUUUGCAGAGACCAUAAGGGAGGCCACCGCGUUCUUGUGGGCCGAAGUGAUCAUUACCCUCUGCGACACAAUUGGACAAGACACCACCGACUUGAAGGAGUGGAAAGAAGAGCUGGCUGAGUCUGAGUCCCGAGUUUCAGGUGAAGUGACAUUCAAAGAUGUUGUGGACAAAGCCACGGGUGAGGCUGUGGCCGCUGGUGGAGAAAUCCAGAGGUGUGUUGGUGACAAGGAAAAGGAAUGCUGCAGCGACUCUGGCAAGGCGAAAUCCCGAUGCCGAUGUGGUGUCAGCUGUGUUCUUCUCCAAGUUUUGAAGGAAGACUCAGGCGCAACAAUCUGGGAGGACGAAGCCACUGGCGACCAAUGUCUCUGUCCCUGA